CGGUCAUCAUUGAUAACCGAUUUUCUGUCGUGUACGUCGCCUCAAUGCCGCAAUAGCAAAGAAAAAUCAUUGAUAUACGAAGCGCACGAUUGUGCGAAUACGCUCGUUUAAUCGUCAAAAUACGACCGAACGUUUGUAACAAAAAACCAAAUGUUGGUGGUUACCGUCCGGAAUUAUUAUUCUCGUAAUACCGGAAUCGCAACGCCAACUCGCAUAUAGGCGAAAUCGCGUUAUAACAAUGUUGAAACGCGCAAAUCGCGAUUAAAAGUUUUAUAAUAUAUUAUUUUCUAUCAUCAGUCAUGUGCUAGUCAAGGUACCUAAACGAUAUAAAUUACGAGAUAUUAUAUGUAAUCUUAAAUACGAUAACACGCUUGUAUUUGGUUAUUUUUUUUCUGUAAACCGUGAAUUCAGCAAUUUUAAAUUGCAAUUAUUAUUAUUUUAUUUUUAUUACAUACGAUAAUCAUUUAUGCAGUCAAUAAACCGGGUUUUUCGACUACAGCUUGAUGUCUGCUGAAAUACUAAGAUCCCAACAAUCUUAAUGUAAAGCAAAUAUAACAAUUACAAACAAGAAAUGGUAUACAGUAGUUGUAAGUAAUUACAAAAGACAUCUUUGUAGACAAUUUAUGUUAUAACUUUCAUUUGAAGUAUAUUAUUUGAAAUUAUUAUCUAUUAUUUUUUUGAAAAAAAAAAAAUACUAGCUAAAAUAUCUAUAAAGUAAUUGGUACUAAAAUUAACACCUAUGAAUGGGAAUGAAUAAUAGAUAUGCUCCCAGCACUGGUUAGAAAAUGCAGCACAGCAAGCAGAGAAAAAUCUUACCGAAGGACAAAAGAAAAAAAGAACAAAUACAAAUUGAAACCUAAGUCACACAAAAAAUCUACUCUAAUUACUUCAAGUAAAAAUUUAGUUCAAUAUUCAGAUGUUAGUUCUGAAGAACUUAGUAGUCCAGAGGCAGGUGAAAUACAUAGUGAUUUUGAUGAGAAACAUGGGGCCUUACGUUUAAAACCUCCUCCUCUUCUUCCUCCUCCACCCCCUCCUACCAGAAUAAUAACUAAUAAUUUUCGAAUUACUAGAGUCACCUCACCUAGAAAUCUAUUAUCACCCUGUUCCCCUAUUAGUAAUCAUUGGCAACUAGAUCCGGUGCUUGAUAAUUCUUCAAUGUCUACUACUUUCAAUUUAAAUAAUUGUAUAGACACGACAUCAGAAGUAUCACGUUUAAAGUACAAAAAAUCUAAAAAAACCAAUAAAAAACCUAAAAGCCCUACUUCAAAAAAGAAAAAAAAGAAGAAGGAUUUGAAACAAAAAUCUGAUGUAUUACCAGACUGUGAUAAUAGUUUUGUGAAGUUGUCUAAAUGUUCUAAUUCAGAAUCUUCCAAACGAAAUGGUGAUUUUAAUGAACCUAUUAAAAAACAUAAGUCUAUUGAGGCUUCACACACUCCACCAUUAACAAAGCCAGCUCAUAUCAAAAUUUCCAAAGUUGAGGUGACGCAUAAGGAAGAAGAUAAACACACCAAACAUCAUAGAAAAGAAAAUAAAAGUUGGAUGAAGAGCCCGCCAUUAUUAAAUAUAGCAAUAAGGAAAGAAUACAGUCGUACGCCUGAACCUGUAGAUGGUAAAUAUAAUUAUCAAUCACGAAGUGUUUCAAAACAAAAUAAUAGGGACCAUAAAAGACGUAUGGAUGAGUAUGAAAGAUAUGAAACUGAUGAACUCAAAUCUAGUAGGACUCGUGAUAAGCACGAGAGUAAACAUGAAAGCAAACACGAGGGCAAACAUGAAAGGAGUAGAAUACGAAAAAUUAAAUCUGAUAAAGAUAGAUCACCUGUACAUAGCCACAGAUUAUCAAGAAGUCCGAUUCGAGAUCGUCGACACCAUGAACACAUGAGAAGUUCUAAAGCAGGAUAUUCAAGAUCACGUUCCCAUUCCCGUUCCUAUUCUCAUUCACCACAUUCCCCUCAUCAACCGAGACAUGAUCAUCAUCAUACACAUCACUCACCAAAACAUAGUCAAAAAUCUCCUCCGCGUUCAACUUCAAAAUCAUCAAAGCACACGUCCCAUGUUCCGAGAGCAGUUUCACCUCACAAUUCUCGUUCUUCGAGAAAAUCAAGUCAUGUUCGACCAAAAUAUUCACGUUCUCCUUCUAAAAAUAUUCGUACUCAAAGUAAAUCGCCUUCUCCAGUAAAAGAUUUAAAAGCUACUAAAAAGCAUUCUGAUAGUGAUUCACCUGGAUGUUAUUCAUCAGUCUCUAAGAAAAAAAAAUCUACUAAAAGCCCAGCUAAACAAUUUAAUUCUAAGGUAAAACUUAGUGAAACAAGUCUUUUUGCUGAGUUGGUUAAAGAUCGACAGAUGCGUGAAUUAGCCAUGAAGUGUUUAACACAAAUUAGUACUAAGAGUGUGGAUGAAAAUGAAGUAGUUGAAAUACACGAUGAUUCAGAUAAUGAACAAAAUAGUUCUAAAACUGUUGAAUUAAAUACAAAAUUACACAAAAUUAAUAAAAAUGAUGACGUUAAUUCUUGUGUAAUAGUAGAAAUGUCCGAAAAUAAGAGUCAAACCUCUAAACCUGAUGUUGAAAUUUCUAAUACACUAUCAGUUACUUCACCAAUUUUAGAAGUGGCUCCAAAAAUUCAAGCAGUUCCUUUAAAAAGUCAAAGUCCAUCUAUAACAAAAGUAGAGAUAAUUGAAAAUGGAAUUGAACAUUCUUUAGAACCUAAAGUGUCAUUAACACCAAAAAUAACACCACCCGAGAAAAAAACAGAAGUAUUAGAAAAUAAAGAUUUAUUAAAAAUGCCAUUGCCACCUGUUUUUCCAAUACUCAACGAAACAUCUCCAGAUUCAGAAUUAAAAUGUUCAAAAAAAAGCAUUAAAGAUUUACCUUUACCACCAGGACUUAUUCAAAAUACAGAUAAGAUAGAUGACGAUAAAAAUCUUUCUUUGUCAGAAAUCAUAUCAAAUCCUUUACCUGAUUGUCAACAAAGUGCAAUUAAAAGGUCAAUUAUGUUGGCUAAAGAAUCAGGGUUUUCACAAAGUUUUUCAUUCACUUCAAAUGUGGAAAGGCCCUCUCGUCCAUUAGAUCCAAAUGUUAAGAUUAAACGACCCAAAGUACUUUAUCGAAGACGGAGUACAAAAUCUGCAGCAGCUAAUAACCCUAUUGAUUGGGGAGAGCAGUGUGUUGAUAUGUUUGAAGUGAUAAAUCAAAUAGGCGAAGGAACGUAUGGUCAAGUUUACAAAGCGAAAGAUAAAACUUCAGGUACAUUUGUAGCAUUGAAAAAAGUUCGACUUGAAAAUGAAAAAGAAGGAUUUCCAAUAACCGCUGUUCGAGAAAUAAAAAUUUUACGGCAAUUAAACCAUAAAAAUAUUGUAAAUCUAAGAGAAAUUGUAACUGAUAAACAAAAUGCCCUUGAAUUUAAAAAGGAUAGAGGAUCAUUUUAUUUAGUAUUCGAAUAUAUGGAUCACGAUCUUAUGGGAUUGUUAGAAUCUGGAAUGGUUGACUUUAAUGAAACACAUAAUGCAAGUAUUAUGCGACAAUUGUUGGAAGGUUUAAAUUAUUGUCAUCGUCGAAAUUUUCUUCAUAGAGAUAUCAAAUGCAGCAACAUCUUAAUGAAUAACAAAGGUGAAGUAAAGUUGGCCGACUUUGGUCUAGCUAGGUUAUAUAAUGCUCAAGAUAGACAACGACCAUACACUAAUAAAGUGAUAACAUUGUGGUAUAGGCCACCUGAAUUAUUACUUGGCGAAGAGAGGUAUGGAACUUCAAUAGAUGUUUGGUCGUGUGGAUGUAUUUUGGGAGAAUUGUUUUUGAAGAAGCCUUUAUUUCAGGCAAAUGAAGAAAUGAUGCAAUUAGAAACUAUAUCUCGUUUAUGUGGUAGUCCAACACCUGCUGUAUGGCCUACUGUAAUUAACUUGCCUUUCUGGCAUUCUUUAAAAGCUAAAAAAGUACAUCGACGUCGAUUACGUGAAGAAUUUACUUUUAUGAAUGAUAGUGCCUUGGAUCUUUUAGAUCAUAUGUUAGAAUUAGAUCCUAGCAAACGAAUUACUGCUGAUAAAGCUUUAAAAUGCAAUUGGUUAAAGAAUGUCCAACCUGAUAAAAUGGAUGUAACAGCAUUACCGACAUGGCAAGAUUGUCAUGAGCUUUGGAGCAAAAAGAGAAAAAGAGAUCAAAGAGUACGAGAAAACCAACCCAGAACUAACGAAUCUGGUGAACUGGCUGGGGGAAUGCCUGGUGAUCUACCAAAUAAUGAAAAUAAUUUAACUGAUGGUUUCAAAUUGACUGUUGAAAAUAAUACUAAUGAAGCAGAAAGUGAUAUAUUAGCAGCACUUGCCAAUAAUAAUUCAAUAAAAUCUGACAAUGACUCAGAAAAGCCUAAUAACAAUAUGGAAACAGAUGAGGUGUCUAGUACAACUGUUGAUGUAAUUGAUGAUUUAAAUCUAACACCGCCUAUCAACGAUUUUAAUCCAGGCUUAAAAACUUUCCUCCCAAAAACUGGUGGAUUCUAGGUCUUGUAAUUUUUUUUUUAUUGAUUUUCUAUACUUAUAAUGGUUUUUAGUUAUUAUUAUUAUUAUUAUUAUUAUUAUAUAUGUUUAUAUACAUGUAUGUAAGGUGUUUUCUCAUUUUCCUGUAUUAUGGGAAAAACUGGUCUACCAUACAUAUAUCUAUGUGUAUAUGGUAUAUACAUCUAUGUAUUUUAGAUUUAUAAUAUGUGUAAUCUUU